GUCACCGAGUUGCAUUACCUAAACAGAAGGCUGAAUCUGCAGAACAAAGUGGAUCUGAUUGAGCCGGUACAACUUAGUAGCGUUUAAACAUUUUGGUUCCACCUUAAGGGAUAUUGCUGAUAAGAAGAAAUGAUGUCAUCUUGUGGUUUCGAAGGAGACCCCGACAGCAGUGUUUUCAGCCAUGUUCACUCUUGAGCGCAUCCUCCAAUAGACAGCGUUGCCAUGGAGCCGAGCAGAGGAAGUGAGCUGGCAAGUAAAACAAAGCCUUUGUCUGAUGGCUGUGAGGAGACAGCUAGGGGGAGCGAGGCCCUGCAGCCUGCAGCGGAGCCUCCGUCCGAGUCCCCUGAAUCAAGUCCUCCUGAGCCGCAGCCACCCGGGAGGCUGAGGAAGACUGCCUUCAAGCUCUUCGGGGGCCGCAAGAGCAUUUGCUCCUUGCCCAGCUUCUUUGGAGGUAAAAACAAAAGCCAAGGGAAGGGGUCUUCCAAAAAGGGAAUAAGCAAGAGCAAAACACAUGACUGCAUCAACAGGUUGGCUUGGGAUGAUGGCAGAGGCGCCGGGUGCGUCACAGCCGGGGACUUUGAGUACCACAGGCAAAAGGGAUCUGUCGGUAAAACCCUGACCAGCUCUGUGAGCGCGCAUUCCAUGAAUGACCCUGGGAAAAGGACAGAUUUUCCCAAAGGGGAGUCAUCCCACACGCUCUCUUUGGAGGCCGGCGAUCACAAACUCUCUGUCGACAAACCCGCUCUGUCCUUACCCCGUUCAAAGAGGGGGUUGAAAGGGCUGUUCAGCAGCAUCCGGCGUCACCGAAAAAGUAAAAAUGUAGAAUCUGAGAAAAGCGAGACAUUUGAAAUGUCUGUUGACAUCUCAAAAGACUUGGUGCCUGCCUGUCAGCCAGGCAUUGAUCAGCCUGAUUCCAAACAUGUGGAUAGUUUAGCAGAACCCAAUGUGCCUGUAUUAAAGGUCAAAGAUGGUUUUAUCAUUACCCAUGAAUGUAUUAAGGAUAAAGCUUUAUCUGAAAAUGAUAUUGCCCUAAUCAAAGGGGACAGUGAACAUUUGAAGCAAGGUUGGAUUUUGAGAGAAGCAGUCAGCGAUGUGGAGCAGCGGACUGGAAUCCUGAAGGCAAACAAUGAAGCUCUUUGCUCGAACUCCGAGUUCACAUAUCCACCCAGCAUGAAACUAGGCUGCACGGAUAACGACCAGCCUUCUCUUCACUCCUCGGAUCAGCUCAACUACAUUUUUGGGGAUGUGGCUUCCUUGAAGAGUUUUGACUCGCUCACUGGCUGUGGAGACAUCAUCGCAGACCAAGAUGAUGACAGUGUUGCUGAAAGCACCGUCUCAGGGGAAAGGAGUCGUAAUGCUGGAAAAAGGAGCUCUUGCUAUGUCACUUACCAGGGUGGUGGGGAAGAAAUGGCCACCCCGAACGAGGUUGAUGGUGAUUAUCUCCAGGGCUUGUGGGAAGAUGAAGGUAAAGCAGAUGUUUGCUACACCGCCAGCCAACAGUCAGAUCUUACGGAGCAAGGUGGGUGCCUAACAGCAGGUAUGGUCUCUUCUGAGAUGGAAGUUACCAGAAGUUCCACCUUCCCUCGUGCUGUUGUGGAUGGUUGCCUCACACCUGGGGAUGCACUGACCCCCCAAAGUGACCAGCAGGAGUCGGUCCCCAACAGCGAUGAGGGUUACUACGAUUCCACCACCCCAGGGCCUGAUGAGGACGGAGACAGAGUUGGCGGGUUAGGAAGUGAGAGACUGCCGAGGGAUAGUUACAGUGGCGAUGCACUUUACGAGUUGUUUGAGGCAGAUGACAGUCUUAUGAGUCCCUCCCUUCAACACGAGUCCUCCUUAGAGACACAGCCACCUACCCCAGAUCCAUUGGAAUUUUUGGGGGUCACGCUGGAGAGCAGUGACGCGAAAUUACACCCUGCUUUCAGUCACAAAACGGGUCUGAUGGAAACUGAGGAGGCCCGUUUAACAAAAAUCCAACGGGACCUUCUCUGCUGCGAACUGCAAAGCAUGCAGAAAGCACCAAAGGAGUCCAUUGUGUUGGGAAAGGGCAGAUUCUACCCUGAAAAAAGCCUUACUGAGUGUGUCCCCAAACUUAAAAAACAGCAUCAACUCAGUCUCAAAGAAGAUCGGGUUAUUUCACAAUCAGAAAGCCAAAAAGGAAAAAACGGCAUGCAACAGAGAGCACACAGUCUUGAAGGAAGUCCAGCAGAGGCUGCCCCUUGCAAUGGAGGGAGCAGUCAGAAGAAGCAUGACAAAGCUCUGCACAUAGAUGCUGUUGAAGCAGUUUGCGGCACAUGUAUCUCCAAGACGUCACAACCAUUACAAGAGUAUGAGGAACAAGGCGAGCAAAGGGCCAUUUUGAUUGAGAACAAAAAUGUAUGCUCAAGCAAAGAAGAGCCUGAAGCAGAGCACAACCAUACUGUUUGCUUUUCCCAAGCCUUGGUGGAUUUCACGAAGCAUUCCCAGCUCUUCAGCAGUUUGUCCGAUGGUCUGGAAGGUUCAGAGUCCAGCUCUUCUUUUGCCCAGAAUUUAGAUUCACUUCCAGCUAUGGUCACAUUUGACAUUGUGGACAUGGAGGAUGAUGGAGAAUGCAAUCGCCAAAUAAACAUGGUGACGGACGAGGAUAUUGUGUCACCCCAUGAAGCUUUUGAUGAAAGCUACCUGCAGAAGGAUGCUUUUGCUGAAUGUGAUAAAAUGUUUGACUUCUAUGACCAGGCUAUGUUUCUCGGGAACACCUGGGGAGUUGCUAGUCUCCCACGGCACCUUAGCCUCACCAGGGUCAAUCAACCCAUGCCAGUCCCACUGUCUUUAAAUAGGAGAAGCAGGUCCCUGGACACUGACAGUCUGGAGUUUGAGCUGGGUGGCAUGUAUCUAGGACAGUCCAAGGUUAGUCCCUCUCCGAUUCUACCCCAGAGAAUGGAGAGGGACACCAAGCGGGCAUCAUCCCUCCACAGCAGACGGACCGGGCACUCAGCUGGCUCAGAGAUAACCAGAAACCUCACGGCUGCAUCACGGCAACAAGAGCCUGUCGUGUCCUUUCCACUUUCUCCAGCAGAUGGGAGGAGAGUGUGCCAGGGGCAGGGUCUCGUUCCUGCUCGGAAGGAAAGACCAAAGCCAACAUGUGGCCUCACAGGACCACUUGAGGCUGAGCCAGAUAAUCGCACUCCCAGCCGUAAACCCAGAACCUCGAUUUCAAAGCCUGAGGUGGAAGACUGUGGGGCCUGUAAUCCUACACCACAGAGCCCCGGGCACUUGACUAGACCGUCCCAUCUGCCCUUGAGGUCUGGAGACUGUGGCUCUCAACCCCAGCACACUUUAACCGGGGGAUCCAGAGAGAGCUCGUGUGACAGAACCCAUCAUGCCUCAGAUGACCGGAGUGCGUUGUACUUCGUGAAUUAUGCCUCAACACAGUACUCUGAAUCGUCCAAUCUGCAUGCUAAGGUCAAACCCAUAGGGGUCACCCAGGGGAUGCCUCAUUUUCACUCUGACACUAGUGGCGCAUCAAAAGCAGCCAUCUUUCAGGAACACCGAGAACUUGUUAAAGGAAGAAAAGUGGUUGAUGGGGCAUUGUCUGCUGAAUGUAACAAACACACUACGUAGUCUGCACCCUCUGAACACAAGGCUUUUAGUAUUUUUAGUUAAAUUUGUAUGUAGCCAAUUUUGUCAUCUCACAUGCCACCAAAGACACCUUGCUGGAUGUUUACUUCACCAAUAACUUAAUUGCUGGCCUAGUAGCUUUCUUUUUAUCCUAUACAGUAUAUGGCAAAAAUGUGACACUUUUGUAUGUAGUUUGUGAAUGCUGCCAGCUCACCUCAUGAACUUAAAAAUUAUAUCUCAAAACCUAAUCAUGAGGUGCCAUGCUGCAUCGAUCAAAGCUGUUCUGUAGUUAAGCCUCAUAACUCCGUAUCAUGCUCUUUUGUCAAAAUGUAGUUUAAAAUUGUAUAGCUCUAAGAGCUAUAAGAGUUACUUAUUAUUUAUAGAAGUAAGAAAUGUGUUUAGGAAAAAGAAUUUUACUUUUUUUAUAUAUAUAUUUACUUGAUAAGCUAGUAUUUGUUGGAGGAAAAAGGUUUUCCUGGAAAGAAACUUCUCUUUUGCCUCAUUCUGGAAGGUACUGGAAACAUUGUAUAGGAUGAGAGCAUCUGUUUUUCCAAUCUUUAAGAUGACCUGGCUUAAAGUCACAGCCACUAUCUUCUCCACUCUCGGGCACAGAUCAACAGUCAACGCUGCAGGACAUUUGAAAGGAUGUGUCUUGAAAUGGCUCACUGGAUGAAUGGGACUAAGUUCAGUGUGCUCCUCUCACAUGAUAUGGUUCUUAUGUUUGUAUGGUGGCUGCUGGAUGCAUCUUGGUUCUUUACAUUGUUUUUAAUGUUUACAACUAUUCUUUUUUCACAUUGUUCCCCUUUGCAUAGUUUAGCAGUGAGUAUGAUUGGGAAAAGAAAAAAAAAAAAAAGGUCAUUUCCAUGUGUACAUGAGUAUACAAUGCUGUGAAGACGUGCAGCAGGUGGUUUUUGGGCUGUGACCCAAAGUAGGAUCGAAACCUACUAAACUACUGUUUUUUCAUUGCUUUGCUUGUUUGUGAUGGAAUCUUCUGUGCCCAGUAUCAGGGAUGCACACAUACAUAACUAUUUGUGGAUAAUUAAUUUUUUAUGCCACUGUGCUUAGUUUCAGUAUGCUGAAUACAACCGUUGUUGUGCAUUAAAUAUUACUACUAAGCUUCCGUUUAAGCCAGUCAACAUAUAAAUGUGUACCCUAAAUGAGGGGUAAAAAAACCUACAUCUUAAAUGUUUCGAUACCGCUUCCUUGACAAAGUCAUGUGCUGUUUUGUGCCUUGUGUAUAAAUGCUUUGAUGUGUAGCCCAAAGCAUGCAUGACAUUUAGAUGUCAUGUAAAACAUGGCUUACUCUUUCAUAUAAAGUCACAACAUAUUUCCAGAGAGAUGUUAAAUGCUUUCCUGAAAGCCUUUGGCUAGAGACGGCCACAUACAAGUACAAAAUGCAUUCUAAACACAGAUUAAUCUGGAUCUCUAAGCACUUACAAGAAAUCUUUCAAAUCUACCGUUCCAUCCCCCUGUAGUAUCCAUUCCGUUCCAGUGUCAACUGCUGUGGUCCUUAGGCAUAGUUUAACGAAGGCCAGGGAAUUUGUUGAAGCUCCUAAUCCCAAAUUAAAAUGGGGAAAGAAUUUCCCCUCUUGAUGAAAAAAAAAAAAAUGCUUUGAAUAGCUUGCUUCAAAGUCAAUUGUUUGAUAUUGGUGUAUACCACACUUUGGGAUGCUGCUAGAACCUUUCGACACAAUUCAGCAUGUGAUUUCCUAUAACAAAUGGGCAGAUUAGGACAAAAGUUGGUGUGCACUCAAGUGCCUUUUCAAUGUUGUGCUCACAUACGAGUGAAACACUAGCUAUUCCUUUGUUUCGUGUAAAGUGUCCUAUUGUCUUUAAUGCUCAUUGCUCACUGUUGAUGGUGUGUGCUUUGUUUUGUUGUUCACCCUGUCCUGACUCUGAAACUACGUUUGAACAAAGAAUGUGCCCUCGUCUCCUGCCAUCUGAAAUGGAAGGUCCUCAUCCAUAUCAGUCAUUUGUAUUCAUUUUAUUUGUGGUCCUGUUUGACGGACUGCUGCUGAAGCCUGGUCUGUGACCAGCUGUCUGCCUUUUGGUACCAAGUCCUAGUUGGUAACCAAAGAACGCUAGUUCAUACAAUCAUUCGAUGACACUUUUGAAGAGGUAAAACAACCAACCUCAUGUUAAAAAAAGGUUUGAUUCUUGUGAUAUUGUUUCUUCAUUGAAACUUGAAUAUGUUGGUGAUUUGUGAAAUAUAUUGUUACAUUGAAAGUAAAUGGAAAUGGUAGUUUUGAGACUGCAAUUUAAUAUUCACAAAUUUCCUUAAUUCAGUUCUUUAUCAGAUUUACAUUCUCACUUUGAAUUGAGUCACCAUAAAUCAUACUGUCAUGUAUGCAAUUUUCCAGAGUUGAAGUCUACAUUCUUAGUGGAUAUGAAGUGCCAUUGAUCGUGACAGCGUAGUGACAUGAUUCGUAGAGAAACAUCGGUUUUGUUUUAGGUUUCUUUCAUGUUUGUAAUAAUUGUUUUGUUUUAUUUUUAUUUUUUUAAAGAACAUUUUAGUGUAUUGUCUGAAUUAUUUUGUCAUGCUUUGUUCACAAAUGUUUUUCACUUAUGUCUUCUUCUUUGUCUGAUGCUAUUGUGGCGACAGACAUUGUGUUACAAGCUGUCAAAAUAAACUUUAAACAAUGCAUAUGAAA